AUGAAGCAAGAAGGGGAGAUUGUGCACGUUGGCCAGGAGAAGUUCUCGGGUCGGAAAAUUGAGUACGCUACUUGGAAGGACAAGCUACACACGCAGGUGGAAAAGUUAGACCUGGACGUUGAAAAUGAGUUUUUCGAGAAAGGUCUCCCAAAACCAAAGGUCGGCAUGGGAACUUCCUGA